AUGUCGCAAAAGUUAGUCUGUACUGCGGGCGGGUUCCGCGGUGCCGUAAAGCGCGGCCGUUCAUUCACGGUCCCAACCCUGGCGAUUGGCAGCAUUCACACUCUGCCGCAAAGCGUGGUUGCAUUGGCGCAGCUGUUUUUCCCCGGGCGCCGUAAAAGCGAGAAGAGCCCCGGACGCUACCCAGCGCGAUAUGCGAGGAGCGGCAACGGCCUUGGAACAGAGGCGCCGCGAGCCUGCCGUCAAGCGCGGCGGCGGCCGUCUGACCGAGGCAUCGCGACGCUGCCGUCAAGCGCGGCGGCGCUGCGGGAGCGGAGCGGCGGCGCUGCCGUCAAGCGCGGCGGCGGCCGUGGGUCCGAGGCGUCGCGAGGCGGCCGUCAAGCGCGGCGGCGCGCUCGCUCGCGGCCGGCCCGGCGUGGGCGGGAUGUCGGCCCGGGCGGGGAGCUGCACCCGCGCACGGGGAAGCUGGUGACGCUCUCAGGGGGCCGCAGCGCCGCGCGCUCCCAGCCGGGCCAGGAGUUCAACCACGGGCUGGUGCUGAGCCGCGAGCCGCUGCGGCCCGGCCGCGUCUUCGCCGUGCGCAUCGACCGCAAGGUGAAUUCGUGGAGCGGCUCCAUCGAGAUCGGGGUGACGGCGCUGGACCCCGACCACCUGGACUUCCCCAGCAGCGCCACGGGGCUGAAGGGCGGCUCGUGGAUCGUCUCGGGCUGCUCGGUGCUGCGGGACGGGCGCUCCAUCCUCGAGGAGUACGGCCAGGACCUGGACCAGCUGGGCGAGGGCGACCGGGUGGGCAUCCAGCGCACGGCCGACGGGGAGCUGCGCCUGUGGGUCAACGGGCAGGACUGCGGCGUGGCCGCCACCGGCAUCCCGCCCCGCGUCUGGGCCGUGGUGGAUCUGUACGGCAAGUGCACGCAGGUCACCGUCGUGCCCGGCGAGCCGGAGGAGGCCGAGGACGGCGCGGUGGGAGAUGAAGCCCUGGCCCUGGCCCUGCCCCAUAACCAGAGCCGCCCGGAUAAAUUCCCCAACAGCCUGGAGUCUGAGAACGGCUUGUCCAGCAUGGAGCUGUCGGAGGUCGUGAGCAACGCCAUCCUGUCGGCCUACAACGGCAGCUUGCUGAGCGUCAGCCUGAGCAGCCCCCCGGCAGGUGAGGGGCCCCCGGGUGGUGGGGCCAGUGGUGCCGCCCCGCUCACCUCCAACGAUGCCCUGCUCUUCCAUGAGAAGUGCGGGACCCUCAUCAAGCUCAGCAACAACAACAAGACGGCCGAGCGGCGCCGCCCCCUGGACGAGUUCAACAAUGGCGUCGUCAUGACCAACCGGCCGCUGCGGGACAACGAGAUGUUCGAGAUCCGCAUCGACAAGCUGGUGGACAAGUGGUCGGGCUCCAUCGAAAUAGGGGUUACGACCCACAACCCCAACAGCCUGGAGUACCCUGCCACCAUGACCAACCUGCGCUCCGGCACGAUCAUGAUGAGCGGCUGUGGGAUCUUGACCAACGGCAAAGGGACACGCCGGGAAUACUGCGAAUUCAGCCUGGACGAACUGCAGGAGGGGGAUCACAUUGGUCUGACGCGGAAAUCCAACAACGCCCUGCACUUCUACAUCAACGGCAUUGACCAAGGCGUGGCUACCACCCUGACCCCGCUGGUGGUGUACGGUGUGGUGGAUCUCUACGGCAUGGCGGUGAAGGUCACCAUCGUCCACAACCACAACCACAGCGACCGGCUUCGGCGCAACAAUGCCAUCAUGAGGGCGCUGUCCCCGGACGUGGGGCGCCGUGCCCUGGAGACCGGCGGGGUGGGCGAACCCGAGCCGGAGCGGCUGCUUUUCCACACCAAUUGCGGCCAGAAGGCGGCCAUCAUCAACGACGGGCGCACGGCCCUCCGCCCGCACGCCACGGAUGACUUCAACCAUGGUGUCGUCCUCAGCAACCGGGCCCUGCGCAACAACGAGGUGUUCCAGGUGCGGAUCGACAAGAUGGUGGACAAGUGGGCAGGCUCCAUUGAGAUCGGGGUGACCACGCACAACCCCACUUACCUGCAGCUGCCCUCCACCAUGACCAACCUGCGCUCAGGCACCUGGAUGAUGACGGGCAACGGAGUCAUGCACAACGGCACCACCAUCCUGGACGAAUAUGGGCACAACCUGGACCGGCUCAAGGCGGGCGACACAGUGGGCGUGGUCCGCAAGGAGGACGGGACGCUGCAUUUCUUCGUUAAUGGGGUGGCACAGGGGCCAGCUGCCUGGAACGUGCCACCCAACGUCCAUGCCGUGGUGGAUCUGUACGGCCAGGCUGCUCAGGCUACCAUCCUCGACGACACGGAUCUCCUCCCGCUGCCCGACGACCUGUCGGAGGGCAACAACCAGCUGUCGCCCAGCAGCCCCUCGUCCGUGGCCUCAGUGAGCGACCUGCGCUUCCACCAGCUGCACGGCACCAACGCAGUGAUCACCAACGGCGGGCGCACGGCCCUGCGCCAGAACUGUCGCAGCGAGUUCAACGACGCCAUCGUCAUCUCCAACCGGGCCCUCCGGGACGGCGAACUUUUUGAGAUCGUCAUUCAGAAGAUGGUGGAUCGCUGGUCCGGUUCUAUAGAGGCAGGGGUCACAGCCAUCCGGCCCGAAGAUCUGGAGUUCCCCAACACCAUGACGGACAUAGACUACGACACCUGGAUGCUCAGUGGCACGGCCAUCAUGCAGGACGGCAACACCAUGCGCAACAACUACGGCUGCGACCUGGACUCGCUGACCAGCGGCUCCCGCAUCGGCAUGAUGCGCACGGCCAAGGGAGACCUGCACUACUUCAUCAACGGCGUGGACCAGGGCGUGGCCUGCUCCGGCCUCCCCCCUGCCAAGGAGGUGUACGCCGUGGUGGAUCUGUACGGCCAGUGCGUCCAGGUGUCCAUCACCAGCGCCACGGGCCCCAUGGACAACAGCCUGUCAACCAGCAACGUCACCGAGAAAUCCUUCCCCAUCCACUCGCCAGUGCCGGGCGUGGCUCACCGCUUCCACAGCAGCUGCGGGAAGAACGUGGCCUUCCAGGACGACGGGUGCCGGGCCAUGCGUGUGGCCGGCUACUGCCACGGGAUCGUCUUCAGCAUGAAGGAGCUGAAGGCCGACGAGGUCUUUGAGGUGAAGAUCGAGGAGCUGGACGAGAAGUGGUCGGGCUCCUUCCACGUGGGGCUGACCACGCUGCUGCCCUCCGAGGUACCCUACACGGCCACGGGGCUGCCGGCCUCCCUGCUGGAGCUGCACUCCAAGGCCACCUGGCUGGUGGCCGGCUCCGAGGUGCGGCGCAACGGCCUGCUGCAGAAACAGAACUACGGCUGCUCGCUGGAGAGGCUGGGGGUGGGGAACCGCGUGGGAGUGAAGCGGUGCGCGGACGACACCAUGCACAUCCUGGUGGACGGUGAGGACAUGGGGCCGGCCACCACCGGCGUGGCCAAGAACGUCUAUGUGGUGCUGGAUCUGUACGGCCGCAUCACCGCAGUCUCCAUCGUCAGCUCCACGGUGCUGGAGGAGUCGGACGGCACCAAGCCGCCGUCUGUCGCCUCGGAGACGUACAGCGAGGAAGAGGAAGAGGAGGAGCCCACGCCUUGUGAGAACGAGGCCCCUAUGCCGCCGGCCGCCAUGGAGUUCCUGGAGAACCACGGCAAGAACAUUUUGCUGUCCAACGGCAACCUGACGGCCACCCGUGUGGCCAGCUACAACCAGGGCAUCGUGGUCAUCGCCCAGCCCCUGCCCCAGGGCCAGCUGUUCCAGGUUCAGAUCGACUUCCUGAACCCCCAGUGGACGUCGUCCCUGUCCCUGGGCGUCAUCGGCACCUCGCCCGAGCGCCUCAACUUCCCCGCCACGGCCUGCUCCCUCAAGCGCUCCGCCUGGCUGCUGCAGCGCGACUCCGUCUUCCACAACUCGCUCAAGAUCUGUGAGAACUACGGGCCCAAUCUGGACACGUGCCCCGAGGGGACGGUGCUGGGACUCUUGGUGGACUCGAGCAGCUGCCUCCAUGUCUAUGUCAACGGGAUGGACCAGGGGGUGGCCGCCCAGGACAUCCCCACCCCCUGCUACGUGCUCGUCGACCUCUAUGGGCAGUGCGAGCAGGUUACCAUAGUAAUGAACGACACCCCGGCGUUGGGAGGGGAGAGCGUGGACCCCUGUGCCCAGGCGGACAUGGAGAAGGCAGACAUGGUGGAUGGCAUUAAGGAGAGCGUGUGCUGGACACCCCCCGUGGAUAUGAACACCAUGAAGACCUGCGAGUACCACGCCCUCUGCGCCCGCUUCAAGGAUCUCCUCCUGCUGCCAGAUGACUACUUCGCGGAAGAUCCUAAAUUCAGCCUCUGCUACUGCGAGUCGUGCCACAAGCUGCGGGGGGACGAGGCCUAUUACAAGCGGGGGGAGCCCCCCCGAGACUACGCCUUGCCCUUCGGAUGGUGUCGUUUCAACCUCAGGGUGAACCCCCAGCUGGAGGUGGCCAGCACCUGUAAGAAGUGGCACAUGGCUUAUCACGGCACAAGUGUGGGCGCCGUCCGGAGGAUGCUGGACCAAGGGGAGUUGGGGGCAGGCAGCGUGUCCAUCCUGAGCUGCCGGCCUGCCAAGGCGGACCCCCAGGGCGGGGGCUACCAUGAGCCCGAGAACAGCUCCCCGGGCCGGGGGGCCGAGCCCCAACACGUCCUGCUCUCGCCCACCCUGCGCUACGCCGGCCUGGAGGCCUUUGCCACCAAAGUGCAAUUCCGGGAUCCCAAGUCUCAGCGGCAGCACGGGGCACAGGUGGCCUUCCAGGUGUGCGUGCGCCCCGGUUCCUACAAGCCGGGCCCCCCGUCGGCUGGUGCCCCCGAGCCCCCGGACCCCCGCUUCAGCACCGCCGAGCUUGAGUGGGUCACCAAGGAGAAGGGGGCCACCGUGCUCUACGGCCUGCUGGUGCGUGUGGAGUGACACCCCCUCCCCCCCCCGCGGCUGGCUGGGGGAGCUCUAACACCAACCCCACUCAUGGACCACCACAGCUCCCUAUGGCCUGGGGGGAGGGGGAGCUCUGCAGUGUACAUCUCCCCCUACCCCCCUGACACCUUGGACCAGCAGGGGGUGCCGGACGCUGGGGGGGGGUUGGGAGGCUUCCAGCUGUAUACCCCCGCCGAUUCCAAAGGAGGACAUUUCUGGGGGAGUCUCUUUGCACCACACGCCCCCACCACUGCCCAGCAGGAGGCAGGACCCUAGAAGAGGCUGCCUUUCUUUUGGGGGGGCUCCCUCCUCCUGUGGCAAAGCCUGGCCGCGGGGGGGAAGAAUUUGGACAAGAUACAAAGAGUCCGACACUGUUUUAAAGGUGGGGGGGACAACAUCUGCUCCCCAUACACACAGCUCCCUGGGGUGGCCAGAGCUGUAUUUUGCACAUAGAAAAAGCUAAGGAUUUGGGGGGGGGGGGCCGCAUACAGCAUGCUGGGAGAUAUGGGGGGGGGGUGGCAAAUUGCACCACGAAGGACUUAAUUUUUUUUAAAUUGGGGGGAUCUACCUCGAUGGGGGAGGGACCCCCAAAAAUACUUCAGUUGGGAGGGGUAGAGAAGACACAUGCUGCCGUGGCACCCACCCCCUGAUGGAUUGCUGUGGGUGGGGGGUGCCUCUCUGUGACUUGGGGGGGCACCACUGCUUCCUCCAGAGCUGGGCCUCUUGUUCUGGGGGGGCUCAGCUGUGCCCUUGGCUGGGAUUUUUCCAUUGAACAUUUCAAGGGGGGAGUGCUUGAUUCAAUUAUUGGUGGGGGUUGGAUUAGUCCAGGGGGAGUUUGGGGGGGGAUUUGUUCUUUCACCCCCCCCUUGUUCUUUGUUCCCUUGAUUUGGGGGAGGUGAUUCUCCUGGUAUCUAGGGGGGGUGCCCUUACCCCUGUUUUGGGGGGGUUGCAUUCUAGCACUUACUGAGGUUACUAAUCUGCCCCCUGCUUGGGCUGAGGGGGGUAUGUCAGCUAAGUGACCUUGCCCCCCCAGCUACCACUUUCCUCCACCCUGUUCCUUUCUCCCCCGAGCCCUCUGUUCCUGCCCCCAGUGUGCUAGUUCCCCCCCAUCAGCCCUACUCUGUCUCUCCCCCCUGCUCCCCUCCUUAUUUAUUACCCAUUGGUGGUCUUGAAAUGUGAAUUUCCUGGGGGGGGAGAGACAGGGCAGGUUUAACUCCCCUCCACCCCCCCUGGCUGUUACUUUUUUUAAGUUUUUAUUUAAGCUGCUUUUCCGGAGGGGGAGGCAGAUCUGUGUUGGGGGGUGGAGUUAAAUGGGGGGGUGUUCCUGGAGCCCCUCUACCCUGAUUGAUAAACCACCAUGCAACCACC